AUGUUCAGUGAAAAGAGCAGUGCAUCUUUGUCCCAGAAACCCAACCAGAAAAAGACACGACCUCAGGGCCUACCCUCCCCUGCUCUCUGCUGUGCAUGUGGACUUUGCAUCAUGCUAGCAGGGAUCAACAUCACUUUAGUGGGAGCAUUUGCCUUUGGGACCUUCCUCCCCAUGAAUAACCCUCCCAUCAUCAUUGGCCCCAUCUUGCUAGUCGUGGCCUUCACAUUCUUUGGUGCAUGCUGCAUCUGCAGUCGGAGGCCCCCAGCUCAUGGGGCAAGGAAAUCCAAACCAGGUUCCAACAUUGGGCUCAUCAAACCUGGGAAUACAGCUUUUGAAAUUGAAACUAGUGAGCACACAGUGCAGGACACCACGGCAGUUCAGCUGAGCCCCACAAAUUCCCCUGUCUCCUCAAAAAAGUCCACACCAGUCCAUGAGAAUGCAAAGACUUGCAAGCUCUUCACUAUGGAAGGCAAUGGGCCAGUGGCCAAGUAUACAACAGGAGGAGAGGUGAUACAACUCAACUUGCCCAGGGACCUGGCUGCAUCCUAA